GAUCGCAAAUCUAGACACAUCGUGAAGAUACAUUCGUCUGGAAACGUUUGUAUUAUUUCGACAGUAUGUUCACAAAACAUACAAAGAUCGUGCAAUUGGUCCUUUUGUACUGUGUCGUCGCACAGAGUUACGUAGUUCCUGAAAGUAGAUCGCUGGCCGAAGAGGCCAAGUUCUUUCAAGACUUGUGUAAUGAUAGAAUUGAUGAGGGAGAGGAGGGCGGUCGUAAAUUCGAGAUCAAUAUAUUAUCUUACUUACGGUUAUCAUAUAACUGGGGCAGUACUAUAUCUUAUCAUCCAAACACCAGAGGGAAGAGAUCUUUGAAUGAGCAUCCACUGAAAAAUCAAUCUUCAGUGCCCAUAAAAAAACAUGACAAUAGAAUUGAAGAUCAAAGGAUAACCGCCAACGAAAUCAUAGAGCACACUAAGUGGAUCAUAACCGAGGUAAAGAAAUUACAGAAAAUUGCAAAGGAUGCUGUUAUUAAUUCCUCUCAAAACUUUUCCAAAAAUGCCGACGAAAGUAUAUUAUGGUUUGUAAUAAUGGUACAUCAAUGGACUUCCGAUGCAAUGAUCCUAAAUAUUAUCGGCAAAUCGUAUUACGAGAAGAUCUUAGAGUUUCCACAAAGAUGUAUAUCGCCCCCUGAAACUAAUUACACACUGCAAGAUCGUAUAGUAAAGUCCACCGAUAUCUUAAGCAUCAUUAAAAAGAUCCAAAACGAGUUACGUGCGAACUCAAAUGAAUUAUUCGGGGAAAAGAGCAACGACACAAUGAAACGUAAUUCGAGAACGGCCGAACUCCUCGAGAAGCUUAUUAAAUCGAUCGUAACUGGAUUAACAGAGAAACUAGAUUCUAAGGAAACUGUAAUAUCGUCACGUCUCAAUAACGACAUAUUCAAUCUUCAAUUGAUUGCAUAUAAAUGGAUCCUUAAUAUACGUUAUCCGAAUAUCAGCAAGAAAUCCACUGAGAAGUCCCGGCCUCCAUUGGAAGGUCAGUUUUCAUUUCCCAUGGAAAAAAAUGACAACGGACCGACAGAUCAGGAGAAAAACACUACAGAUGUCAUGGAGCGCAAGGGUAGGACGAUCGACGCUUUUAAUAAACCUGUGUGCAAAUUCAAACGAACCAUACGUCAGUCAAUAGAAAUGAAGCUAUUCACGUACAACAUAAUAAUAUAUGAGUGGUUCUAUAAUGAGUACGGUUUAAAUAUCGCUAACAGCAAAUCUAUCAAUGACUUUCAGCUUCGACUGGAUAAACAGUCUUUCUCAUUGCCCAUGAAAGAGAGCGAACUGGAAGAUGAGGAAAUAACCAUCAAGGAUUUCAUGGACAACGUUAAAUUGACUAAACGUCAAUUAAACGAAAACUUAAAGGUAUCCGAGGAAACUACAACGGGCACUGAUAACGAUUUUUCCAAAAAAUUAUGGAAUGUUGAGGACCACACACAUGUCAAAAGAUCCAAUCCUGAUCCACUCGAGAAUUUGAAUUUACUUCGAUUAAAAUUUAAAUUGACGAUAUAUCGAUGGAUCUCUAAUAUAGUAAUUUACAAUACCAUUGACUUAACGCCUCUCGGUGACAGUGAUCUCUACCCGGGUUUACGGGAAUGUCAACUUAUGUUUCCCAUAAAAAAGACCAAGGAUCAAUUAACAGAAUUUGAGGUAAUGAGUAAUGAAAUUAUUUCUCUCACCAAUAAAUUGCUCCAAAUAUCUGCCGACGAAGGAGUUUGA